UAUUCUAUGGGUAACCAUCGAAACUAUGCAUGAACAUUUUAAAGCAUCUGAAUUCAAGCUAUUCAGAUAAUUAUGCAGUGAAAAUGGAAGUAUUACCACAACAUAAUUGUCUAAAGUGUUUACAAUUGGUUAUUUUUUGACUUUUUGUUCAUGGCUCUACUAGCUAAAAUGUACACAAGUCAGCUAACGUUAUGCUGCUUGGUCAUUACAUGGGUGCUCUAAAACAAUAUCAGCGAACGUGGCUGCUUACACUGUUCCAAGAUGGUUGUGGAGGUAGAAAACUUCUUUGGUGUGUACAUGCUGUACUGCACCAACCCUAAAUUCAAAGGGCGUAUUUACAUUGGCUUCACUGUGAACCCUGAGCGCAGAAUAGGACAGCACAACGCCGGACGGCACCGAGGGGGGGCGAAGAGGACCAGUGGGAGGGGACCGUGGGACAUGGUCCUGAUAAUACACGGCUUCCCCUCUGAUAUUGCUGCCCUUCGGUUUGAGUGGGCGUGGCAGCACCCCCACUCCUCCAGGCGGCUCUCCCACGUGCCCCGGCGAUCCAGGAAAGAGUCCAGCCUGCAGUUCCACUGGCGGGUGGUCUCCAGCAUGCUGCGGGCCCCCCCCUGGAGCAGGCUGCCGCUGACGGCCCGCUGGCUCAGACAGGAGUACAGGAUGGACUUUGAGCCCAGCCUGCAGCCCCCCCUCCACGUCCCCAUCGCCUUCGGGAGCGUCAGAGCCAAGAAGAAGCUGCAGCCUGCAGGGGAGGAUGAGGAGGAGGAGCAGCAGGAGACAUCCAGCUGUUUCCUCUGUAAAGGGCUGGUCAAGGUGUCAGAAAAGCUGAGCUGUUUCCACCCCUCCUGUGGGAUGAGCGGUCAUGUGAUCUGCCUCGCUAAACAUUUCCUGAAGUCGGAGCCCACCCACCUCCUGCCGGUGGAGGGCAGAUGUCCGGCCUGUCAGAGCUCUGUGCUCUGGGGGAGUCUCAUCCGCCACAAACACCGCUGCUUGGGAGACCUGGAGGACUUCACCCCGUCCCUUUCCCAGAGCCACUGGGCCGAUGAACUGCAAAUAUAAGGGAGUGGAGCCCGACGUCUGAACACUUCCUUCUUAAUGAACUGUGAUCAUAGAGAAUCAUGUAUCAAUGUGCACAGAUUCUAAUCUCUCCAGGAUCCUGCCAUGUCCAAUUGUAUAUAAAGGUACCAUGUAUUUUUAAUGUAUUCAGUAUUUGUGGAAAAAAUUCAAGUUUGAAUGCAUUGUGUGACAAAGGAUUUGACCUAAAACAUUAUUUAGUAAGUAAUAAAGCGGGACAAGUUGAAACUAAA